UUACAGUAUGCAUAAAUAUUCUACAAAGUUUUAUUUCUUACUGUUCUUAACAAAAGUAAAUCAAAGCAGCAGAUGUGAGGAAGGAUGGAAGUCUCUUGGUUUAAAGUGUUACUACUUCUCCACUGAGAAACUGAACUGGAUGCAGAGUCGAGAUUACUGUGUGGGGAAAGGAGGCCACCUGGUGAUUAUAACCAGCCAAACUGAACAGAAUUUUGCUUCUUCACAAAUUGGAGAAACACACUGGAUUGGCCUGAAUGACUUGGAGACUGAGGGAAAGUGGAUGUGGGUGAACAACCAGCCCUUAAAGGAGACGGGUGUAAAGUUCUGGUUUAGCAAUCCAGGGGGAUCAAGUGAGCCUGAUAACUGGAAAAAAGAGGACCCUUCUGGAGAGGACUGUGCUGCGCUGGGGCAUGAGAUUGGUAACAUAAAUAAAUGGUUUGACGCUUCUUGCCUUAAGCGGAAACGAUUCAUCUGUGAAAAGUAAAACACCACUUUUUUCACUUUUUGCAUUUUUAUGUGAUUAUCUAAGCUUGUUCAAACCUCUAGACCAUUAGAAUAUGGUAUGAGAUCAUGUAUGUGGCUUUUCUCCUGCUGCCUUGUAGAAAUUUUAACAUUUGACAAGUUUGACGAUCAUGAAUCUCCAGUGUUUAUUUCCUUGAAGACAUGUUAUAAACAAAGUGACUGAACCGUUAUAACCUUGAGGUUUGGUAGUUCCUCUCCAGUUCUGAGUAGUGUGAAAGUCAGAGCUAAUUAUAUCUUAUUCAGAAAAGUCAGAGGUAAUUAUAUCUCAGUCACCUUGACUUAAUACUGGACAUUUCAAAAUGACCUUGAAUCCUGAAAAUCUUCAUUAGUUCUUAAUUUCGUGUACUGUAAUUUUGUAUUCAAUAAAUAUACAGCCGGUGACAAAUUAAAGGAAAACAUGAUUCACAAGAAGAGCUUCAGUGAACCUCGCCAUAAAUUCUAUAAGUCUUCUAAACUGUACUGAACGGAUGAACACCGGUUUUCCAAAAGAUAUUCCUCCAGUUUAGCAUAACAGAGCAACAGGUUCUCCUUUCAUUUGCCAUUCAUCUGUAAGUACUAAUGCUGUGUAUAUUUACUGUUGAUUGAGUAGUGUGCAUUUUAUGUUAGCUAAAACUGGAUGUAAUGUGAAGUUGCUUUGAAUAACCAUUAAAGAAAAUGUAACAAUUAAUAAAA